AUGGACAGUGAGGACGACCUGGACAUUUUGACGGCUCUGCUGUCUGAGAGCGAGGCCGUGUCUGUAGAAGAACGAGGAGCUGAUGAAGGGCCGGACGACUUUGACCAACCCCCCCCCUCCCCCCCCCCCCCCCCCCCACCCCCACCACAGCCGGCCUCAAAGACCACCCCUGCUUCAAAGAAGACCAAGACACAAACAUCGCCGUCUUCCUCCGCUCCACACAGAGACGUCUCCUCAAAGCUCCAGGAGUCCUUGGACUUUUCUGAGCAGCUAAACACUGCGGACUCUUCCAGAUCCAAACACAGGGUGGCGCAUCAGGCCAAACAGAGAACAUCUCAAGACGACAGGGGGCCACUGGUGGAGAUAAAGCUGGGCAGCUCCUUCCAGCCAGUGAAGAAAUCCACCGAAGGUUCCGGUGGUGGACGUUCAGCAUCGGCGUCGUUCAGCAGAGCUGCAUCAGCUGCUGUGCCCCCCCCAGACCACCCCAAAGACCUGGCUGUUGAGAGAUACUCCAGACUGCGGCUCAGAAAACCUCGUGUUUCCUCCACGGAGAUGGACCUCAAAAUGGCCGGCCGUCGUCUGGUCGCUCUGUCCCAGCUGCCGGAGCGUCUGACUCGGGACAAACUGGAGGACAGUGACUGGGUGACGUUUGCAGUGUUGGUCAACAAGUCCACGCCACAGAGCAGCAGCAGUGGCCGAACCUUCAGCAUCUGGAAACUGAACGACCUCCACAACCUGGAGGUGUUUGUGUCUCUGCUGCUGUUUGGUGAAGUUCACAAAGAGCUGUGGAAGACGGAGCUGGGGACGGUCCUCGGGGUCCUCAACCCCAACCCCAUGAAGCAGAAGGAAGGCUAUGAGGGUGUCAGUCUGACCGUGGACCACCCUCAGAAGGUCCUCAUCAUGGGUGAAGCUCAGGACUUUGGCACCUGUAAGGCCAUGAAGAAGAACGGCGACCCCUGCUGUCAGAUUGUCAACAUGUACGAGUGUCAGUUCUGUCAGUACCACGUCAAGGCUCAGUACAAAAAGAUGAGUUCCAAGAGGGCGGAGCUACAGUCGUCCUUCUCUGGAAAAGCCCCCAACAAGGGCGGCCUCAAGGAGCGCCUGUGUCGAGACGGCUUCUACUACGGGGGGGUGUCCUCUGCAGCCUGUGCUGCGUCCCUAACAGCCUCACAGUCCAAAAAACCCAGACAGAAAACUCUGGACAAACUGUUUGUAAAAGGAUCGUCUCAACUCCUGGAACAGGCCAAGCCAAGAAUCUGGUCUGGUCAGGUCUCUGGAUGUUCUGAUGAGUUCAGGAGCCUGAUGUCAGCACCGACUCCUGGAGCUCUGCAGCUGAAGAAGCACCUGGUCAGAGGAGGCCAACCAGUCUCCAAGGGCUCCGCCGCAGCUCCGGUCCAGUCCAUCACGGCCACAGAACUUCUGAAGCAGCAGAAACAGAAGCAGCAGGAACUUCUCCAGAGCCGUCGUCACAGACUGACCUCCUCCCCCGGGUCGCCGCCGCAGCACCCCCCCACCCUGGGUCGAGGCUUCUCUCAGGGCCAAGACAUCGUCUUCUUUGACCGGGGGAGCUGCCCGCCUCCUGCCCCCGCCCCCCCCGGCCUGUCAGCUGCCAAGAUGGCCGCUCUGAGGAGGCUACGGGACAAAGGACGGACGUUGGAGAAGGAGGAUCCUAACUGUGUGAAGAGGAAGAGGAGCGACGACAGUGAGAUCCAGGGCCGGGUGGAGCGGAGCCUCAGGGCGCCAGGUCAGGAGGAGGAGGAGGAGGAGGAGGAGGAGCCAGCACAGAAGAAGAAGCGUGAUCACCUCCGCUACAUCGAGUCCGAGGAGUUCCAGAGAAUCCUCAACGCCAAAUCACGGCACGGGCUGGUCCUGCAGGCGGCGGAGUACCAGCUGCAGGAGCGCUACUUCGACGCUCUGGUGAAGAAGGAACAGAUGGAGGAGAAGAUGAAGUCUGUCAGAGAGAUGAAGUGUCGCGCCGUCACCUGCAAAAAUUGUAACUACACCUUCUUCAAACCGGCCGACCGCUGCGUGGAGGAGAACCAUCAGCUGCACUGGCUCGACGCCGUCAAACGCUUCUUCAGGUGUCCCUGUGGUCAGCGAGCCAUAGCUUUGGACCGACUCCCACACCAGCACUGCAGUAACUGUGGUCUGUUCAAAUGGGAGCGUGACGGGAUGAUGAAGGAGAAAAAAGGACCUAAGAUUGGGGGAGAACUUCUCCAGCCGAGGGGGGAGGAGCACGGAAGGUUCCUGAACAGCAUGAAGUGACGGAGCCUUGACCUUUAUUUGACCUUUUCUUGACCUUUUCUUGACCUUUUCCUCUUUUGUCUCCAACACUGUUGAUAAAUUGUGUUUUUAAAGCCACGGAUCACAGACAGGAAACAGUACUGACACCAUUAAAGUCCCUUUCUGACCC